CGGGAGAAAUAGAAAUACCAAUACAAGCAGCAAAUCCAGCAAUGGUAAAGUGUUAGUGGAGAAAUUUAGGGGUAGGCCCUUCAACGGGUCCCUCUCUUUUACCUUGUUUCUCAAUACUCCCCCUCUACCAUCAACAUCCUUCCUUUGCCUUAAAUGCCAUCUUUUUCUUCCCUUUAUUUUUUUUUUUUUGGAAAAUUUAAUUUCCUGCUUCACUUACUUCAAAAUUAUUUAUUAUCCUUACCCUUCCAAUUUUUCUCUGCUCUUUCUAAAUUUCUGGGUUUUUAUUUUUCUUCUCUUCGAUAUAGUAAUUUAUAUGAAUUUUUAGUUUAUAUUUGUAAGUUAUAUAUAGUAUUUUUUCUUGUUCAUAUAAUUCAUGGAAAUUGAAGAGAAGUUCAUAGCUGCUGAUUCUACUUGUGGAGAUCACCAUGUUCUUCAAAAUCGAAAGGUUGAGAGUUCCUCUGCAGAAAAUGUAGACACAGGACGUGUACCCAACUGGAAAAAACAGAACCUUUCUCUCGACAUUCCUACAAGAAAAAUUGAUGGCCCUCCAGAUUGUGUUAAAAUCAAGAUGCCUCCUACACCAAAGAGAGUCAAUUUUGUUUUGACACCAACCUCCUCUGAUGUAAAAUCUUAUGAAUCUCCUGGUCCUUCCUCAGUGAGAGGGCGCUCAUCAUUAAAAAAUCUUCUACCAAAAUUUGCCUUUUAUCGUAGCUCUUCAGAUGUUGAUAAGGCUGUGUGCACAGCAAGUGAUGUUCCAUUAUCAACACCACGAGAGAAGACCUCCAUCCCCAGGUCAACAUCAAUUACAAAGAUAUUUACACCAAGGAUCAAGCGAACUUCAUCCCUUCCGGUCACCCAAAAUGAGAACCCAGUACCUGUUCUCUGUGGAAGCACCAGUGGUUCACUAAAUUCAUGCGCAAAGGGAUCUCAAAAACAUGAAGCUGAGGUACACAUUUCUCGUUCACUUUCAGUUCCCCUCAAUAAAGAAUUGCGCACUAGAAGAAUGGAUUCUUUUAUUCGUGUAAUCCCCUCUCCUCGGGUGAAGGCAGGAGAUCUUCAUAUUCCAAAAACAAGUGAGCCAGUGAAAACUGAAAAUGCAGAAGCUGAUAGUGAAGAUAUACCCGAAGAGGAUGCUGUUUGUCGAAUUUGCUUGGUUGAAUUAUGUGAAGGCGGAGAAACCCUGAAGAUGGAAUGCAGUUGCAAAGGUGAACUUGCUCUUGCCCAUCAGGAAUGUGCCGUGAAAUGGUUCAGUAUUAAAGGGAACAAAACAUGUGAUGUAUGCAAGCAAGACGUACAAAAUCUGCCUGUCACUCUUCUGCGUAUCCAGAGUACUCGUGCAGCAAAUGCUGCAACAACUAGAGCUCAAAUGAUUAACAUCAAUGAUUACAGGGCUUGGCAAGAAGUUCCAGUCCUUGUAAUUGUCAGUAUGCUGGCCUACUUUUGUUUCCUGGAGCAACUACUUGUUGGGAAACUGGGCACUGGAGCAAUUGCUCUCUCACUUCCAUUUUCUUGCUUGCUGGGUCUACUUUCGUCAAUGACCUCAUCAACGAUGGCAACGAAACGAUUUGUGUGGCUAUAUGCUUCCAUGCAAUUUGUUCUGGUCGUCAUCUUUGGCCAUAUUUUCUACACAGUGGUCCAUUUACAAGCAAUCAUAUCAAUUCUGCUGGCGACAUUUGUAGGGUAUGGUAUUGCCAUGAGUGUUAGUUCUAUCAUCGUCGAAUUUUUUAGAUGGAGAGCAAGGAACGCCCAGCUACAUACACGGCAAGAUCCUCAAGCAGCUCAUCAGCCAAACAAUCAAGAAGAAUAAAUCUCAUCUCCAUUGCCUUGGCCAGGUUAUCCAAACCGUCUUCCAGCAUAUCCAGAUAACCAUGAGACGUUUAGUCACACCUGAACUGUAAUAUGUAUAGUUUUUGUUUGAGUAAUGUAAGAUAUGCAUGCUCUUGUCCAGGUUCAAGAUGUGUAAAUCUUGUUGACUUAUCAGUCGAUUGUCAUUAGUAUUGUAAGUGAGAGAGUGGUUUCGAGUGAUCUGAGUGUUUGAGAUGUAGUUAUAGUAAUGGUUGGUAAGUUGAAAUACCAUGAAUACAAAUAGCUUGAGUUUCCUGUGAUGAAGAGAGGGUUCAGGUGUUCAGCCACUCAUGAUCCUAUUGUAAGUGAACUCUGUUUGUAAAAAGCAAAGAGGCAGAAGUUUUUUUGGUAA